CUUUUUUUGGCUGUCCACACCCGCUCUUCACAGGGCAGCGCAGCAACAACCACGCUUUCCCUUGCAGCCCGCAUGUCUCUCUCUUCCCUUUCCUUCUCUCUCUUCCUCCCCUCGCACUCCACACCACACUCACUCACUCACACGGCAACCCCACGCCCGUUGAUUGCGCCCCUAACAAUCCGUCGGCCUCUGUGGUGUGGUCCUGGGUUCCUUCUUGCCAGUCCCUUCUUGCCAGUCCCGUCUUUUGCUGGCGUGCAACGCCCAUCCUUCCUUCCUUCCUCACUCCCCUCUCUAUCUGUCCGUCCACUCAACGCCGCCACCACCGUCCUCUUCCCCACUCUACAACCACCACCCAUCCCCCACAGCUCCCUUUCUCUUGACUCCCAACGCCUGCGAUCCUCCACAAAAGAGAUUACUAGAAAGCCAUCCCAGCCGACCAACCAACCGACCAACCAACCAUCCAACCAUGGCGCUUCUCAAGUGGAUGGGCGUGAGCCAGCCAGAGAAGCCGGUCGUGAAUGAUAUCCCUAUAGGUCUGGAGAAUUUUGGCAACACUUGUUAUUGCAACUCCAUCUUACAAGCCCUAUACUACUGCAAACCCUUUCGAGAAUGUGUGCUGAACUACCAAAGUGGAGCUGGCUCCAUGGUCUCACACUAUCCACUCAGCCCUAUGACGCCGGCAGUUAGUAACGGCAGUGGACCCACCUCAUAUUUCGCACCGCAGCACACCUCAGGAACAUCUAACUCAUCUGCGUUCAUGUCGCCCAAUGUUGCCCACUCACCCGCGUCAAGCAGAAGCCAUCAGCGGGACUCUAGUAGUAAUGGGCCAUCAGGAAAUGCAGGCCCAACUUCGACAACGCAGCGAAACAUUGUCGGAGUGCUUUUACCCAACGGUGGCGGACCAGACCCUGAUUCCGCUCCCCAGGAAUCGAUGUUUCUCUGUCUGCAGGAUCUAUUCCAACGAAUCCAGAAUCAUUCUAAGAAGACGCAAUAUUUUACCCCAACUGCUUUUGUUGCCAAGGUCAAGAAGGAAAAUGAACUAUUCAGGAGCUCGAUGCAUCAGGAUGCGCACGAAUUCUUAAUGUUCAUUCUCAGCACAAUUUCAGAAGACAUUGAGGCGGAUGUCAAGAAAAGUCAAAAGGAAUUGGAGGAGAGUAUGCCCAAAGCGACCGCCAAUGGGACGCACAGCACGCAGAACGGCCAUGGUGUAUCGAACGGCUCAAUCGGUGCUCAGUCUAAAGGAUCAUCCGAGGAGGUUUCUAUGACAUUAACAGGAGGGGAUGAGGUCAGAAUCAGGAUCAAUGGCGCUGACAUUAACACGGCCUCGACAUCAGGAGGAAGCACGCAUGGCAACAGCCAUGGAGGAGAGUCGAUCGGCGAUCGGUCCUCGAUACAAUCUGGGAGUACGAUAGCGAAGCCGAAGGAGAAGAUGUGGGUUCAGAAGUUGUUUGAGGGCCAGCUCACGAACGAGAUCAAGUGCCUCACUUGCGAGAAGACCACGAACAGGGCAGAGUCAUUCAUGGAUCUGUCACUGGAUAUUGAGCAAAACUCAUCUGUGACAAGCUGCUUGCGACAGUUUUCCGCUUCAGAGAUGCUUUGUCACAAAGACAAGUUUUAUUGCGAUGAAUGCUGUGGUCUACAGGAGGCUGAAAAGAGGAUGAAGAUUCAAGUGCUGCCUAAUGUCCUGUCUCUUCACCUCAAGCGGUUCAAGUAUCAGGAAACACUUCAGAAAUACGUCAAGCUGUCGUACCGCGUAUCAUUUCCCAUGGAACUACGACUCUUUAACACUGUUGAUGACAUGGAAGACCCUGACAGGAUUUAUGAUUUGAACGCAUUCGUGGUCCAUGUCGGAAGCGGCCCUCAUCAUGGACACUAUGUUGCUGUUGUGAAACACCAGGACCGCUGGCUCCUCUUUGACGACGAAACUGUGGAGACGAUUGACGAGUCUGAUAUUCACAAAUAUUUUGGCGACUCUUCGCAACUGGGGUCAGGAUACGUACUUUUCUAUCAAGCACGCGAUCUGGACAUGAGCGCGAUUGCACCGUGGCAAUGGGCGCAGCAACAGAUACAUCAGUCAUUCUCAUUGAAGACUCCUCUCAAUGGCAUGCCAACACCCCUGAAUGGACUCGGACCAGGCGAUCUAGAUCAUUUUGGAGGGCUACAGCCGCACACUCAGCAGCAGGAACUGAUCCAUCAGCAAUUGGCGAGCCGGCAGCAGAUGCAGAACGGCGGAGGAGGACUUGGAUCGUUCUUCAACAGCGGAUCGUCUACAGCAUCAGGACCUACACCGGUUGCAGCGGCGCAUCUGUCAAAUGGGCCACGGAGUCCGACGCAUAUCCAGGAUCCCAAUAUGCUGAACGGCCAGAAGAUUACGAGCGGGUCGUACGUUUACACGAACGGGAUUGCGGCGGCGGCAACAGUAGCAGCAGCAGUAUCAGGGCAACCGCAGUAUGCAUCCACGAACGGAUAUCAUACGAAUGGGUCUGCAGCAGAUCCACCCGGAUCGUCGUCGUCAUCAUCAUCAUCGUACUCGCCAUUUAAUAGUCAGCAUAGUGGUAGUAAUGGCGUACCGCAUUCACCGACGACAGCGGGGCCGGUUUCUCAGCACAUGGCUUCAAGAUCGUCAUCGUCAGCGGCACCGACGAUGAUACCACAUACAACAAUUGAUCCAGCGAAGCUGAAAAGGGCGCAGAGCACGCCGAGGAUCAGUUUGGCAUCUGCGGCCAAGACCUUUGGAUCCUCGGGCGGCAAAUCAUUCAUAGGCAGUCUGAGAGGCGGCAGCGGGUCCUGAAGAAACGGUGUUAGGAAAUAAUAGUAUGCGAAGAAGAACAAAAAAGAAAAAAUUACAGCACCCUACAUCAUAAUGGACAAUAAAUUCACGCGAGGCGGAGAAGAAAGAGCGGUUUAAGUUUGUCAGAAUUAAC